UAUCGAAUGAAAAAAAGAAAGUUUUCACUUGUGUUUUUUUAAAUGAGGUUUAUGAAACAGUCAAUGCAUUUCUCCUCUUCGCCAGCAAUAACGUUGGGUCGUCAUCGUCAUCGGUCACCCAAUCUUCACAUACCUAACAGCAAGCGCACGAAACUCCGAGCUAUCAAAACAGAGGAAGCAGAAGGCACUCGACUACAAGAAGCAUAACAUACCCGAUAAGCGAGCAGCAGCAGACAGAAUCAUUGGGUUGGAAGAAGGUGAAAUUCAGUUUUGUGGUUUUGUUUUAUACGAAUAUUUUAUUAUCUCAUUUUCUUAAAAGAAAUACAUAAAUAGUAAACACUAUUUGGGAAUGCAAACAACCUAAGUGAGUGGUGAUAGAUAAAAAUUGUUUUCCAAACUAAGUUAUGAAAUUACUUUCGUGUGAUUAGUGAUUGGAAAAAAAAAACGAAUACAUUAAAUUAUACUUGAACCUCUAAAGAAUUUACCGUAAUGGCAGCACAAGCAAUAGAGAAAUCGAAGUCUGUUGAACCAACAAUAGCUUCAGCACCAACUUCACCCAAAAAAAGAACCCACAGCACUAAGGAACAGAUAAAGCAAGUGAUAGCUGGAGGACUUGCUGCGGCUAUCACCAGAUCCACCUGUCAACCACUAGAUGUCUUGAAGAUCCGCUUUCAGUUGCAGGUGGAACCAUUAGGAGGACAGGCCAGUAAACAAUCUAAGUAUGUAUCAAUAUUCCAAGCGUGCAAAGUUAUAUUCCGUGAGGAGGGUAUUGCGGCUUUCUGGAAAGGCCACAAUCCUGCACAAAUACUCAGUAUCUUGUAUGGAAUUUCUCAAUUCUGGACAUACGAACAGUUGAGUUUGUAUUCCAAGCAAACAAUCUACCUCAAGGACAAACCAAAUUUGUCGAAUUUCAUUUGCGGUGCAGUGGCUGGUGGAACUGCGGUUAUCAUUUCUACGCCUCUCGACGUCAUCCGAACUCGUUUGGUGGCACAAGAUUCGAGCAAAGGUUAUCGCAACGCGACCCGUGCUGUUACAGCUAUUGUACGUGCCGAGGGUGUCGUAGGUUUGUAUCGAGGCCUAUCAUCGGCACUGAUACAAAUCACUCCACUUAUGGGUGCCAAUUUCAUGUUCUAUCGACUGUUUAGCAAAUCGGCUAUAAAAAUAUACAAUGUCGAUGAUCGUAGUAAACUGCCCACCUGGAAUCUUCUCAUUAUGGGCGCAUCAUCGGGCAUGCUUUCAAAAAUGAUGGUGUAUCCAUUUGAUUUGAUCAAAAAACGUCUUCAAAUUCAGGGAUUCGAAAAUCACCGCCAGACAUUUGGCCAGAACAUCAAAUGUAAUGGAGUUAUCAGCUGUUUAAAACUAACAGUUCAACAGGAAGGAGUUCGGGGACUGUACAAAGGCAUGGCACCAACUUUGCUAAAAUCUAGUUUGACUACUGCAUUAUAUUUUAGUAUUUAUGAUAAAAUACGACAAAUACAAUGGUGGACGUGAAACAGAACACAUAGCUGAAAUCCUAAUCAUAACUAAACAAGAAAUACGGUGCUUUGGGCGGGGAAUUGUUGUAAGCUGGUUAGCAGUAAUUAAGUUUAAAGAAAAAAUAUUUUUAAAUGCUAGCGUUUCUAUGACAUAACUUUAAGUUAUUCCUACUAAACGCCUAUUGUUGUAAAUUUAAAUAAAAAAUGUAAUGUAAUAUGUUUGAGAAGAUACAAAGAUAUUAAAAUAUUGUUUUGUAAGACAAAACUGCA